GGGCGGAUACAGAUAAACAGGGAUGUCGUACUCUCAGCUGACGGUGGACAUUGACGAGGCCGAUGCUGUUGUUCUUCAGCAGUCUCUCAGUAAAACGAAGGAGCUCAUCUCCCAGGUGAGCUUCUCCCUUAAGAAGAUCACGGAGUCGUCGGACAGGUCGGUGAAACUUCUCACUCCAAUAGUGAAUCGUAAUAGACAGCUGGCGGUCUUCAAGAAGAACGUUGAUGACAGUGUUCUUGCGGUGUCGAACGUGCAAGGUAUUGCGAGUGAAGCGGCGUUUUAUGAGCAGAAGCUUGGUGCUGCGAGAAUAGAGAACGUUAAGCAGUACAUAACGACGCUUCACAAGUCCGAGGAGAUCCUGGACAAGUUGAACGAGAACAAGGAUGACGGCGAGUUCAAGGGAAUCAGGGAUAACUUGCGGUCCACGGUUCUCGACGGUGAGCUCAAGAUGGAGACUCUCUUCAGAGUGCUCCUGCAGCCCGUGUCUCAGUCGUUUGAUCCUCAAAUUUACAUGUCCGAGAGAAGACCAUUUCCUUACCUCGAGGAUAGCAAGUUGAAAGACCUCGGAUACAUUGUGGAUUACUUCUACGGCAAUGGCAACCCAAUCGACCAGUUGUACAUUGACAACAGAAUCAAAACCAUUAGGGAAUCGCUGGCUUUCCUCGUGCCCUUCACCGAAGAGAUCACGAAAAACCCCAAAGUGCCCUAUGAAAAGGGAACUAACGGUAUAGGCAACUAUACAGAGGCCCUAUUGGGAUUCAUGUCGAAUGAAUGGUCCUUGCUCGAGGAUAUCUAUAAGGAUCCGGAUACUAUUCUUCGCCAUUUCUUGAAGAUCUUUGAGGGAUGCUGGAACAACUACAUUCAAAUUGUCAAUAAGUUGCUCGGAAAGAUCCAGAAAUUCGUUGCUAAUGAAGGCUUACUGGCAUUUGAACUCUUAGAUAACAGUGUUAAUCUGCAACACACUAUUCGCUCACAGACCGGUGCUGAAUACCCUCCUUUGAAUACGUGCAUUGCAUCGUGCAGAGAACUGGCUCGUUCAUUGUUUAAGGAGCUCUUGAUAUUCACAGACCAGAGAGUAUCGAGUUUGACAACGUUACCACAGGAUAAUGGUGUUUCAGAGGCCACCGUAGAGGUGAUGUCAAAGGCAAGAAAGUUUGCAGACUUCAAAGAAGGAGCUCUUUCUGUCAUGGUUGGAUUUAAGGCUGGGUCUUGGAUCCCACAGCCAAAACCGCAAUGGUUAGCCAAAUGGACUAGUAUCAACGCAACAACUGUUGUCGAUGAUGACAACCCUUCAGAACUACUCAGUGCUUUCUUCUCAGAUGUUAUUGAUGCUUUAAUCGUGAGUUUAGAGAUCAAAGCCACUCAGCUCAUGAGGAAGAAAUCAGCCAUCGGUUAUUUCCUCAUCACAAAUAUAACGUUGGUUGAACAGAUCUCUAUGAGAUCAGGCAUUCAGGAAAUUUUGGACUCGACUAGUUUGAGUCGGCUGGAAAGAUUGAAAAAGAGGGCACUAGAGAUGUUCCUCGCUGGAUGGAAGCAAGCGGCUGCAAACUUACUGGACGUCAAUGUUGUUGGUAAACUGUCCUCCAAGGACAGGGAUGCAAUUAAGCAGAAAUUCACAAAUUUCAAUGCAGAGUUCGAGGAGCUGGUUAAGGGAUACAAACAGUACAACAUUACAGACCCUUCUUUGAAGAAGUAUUUGACAAAGGAAAUUUCAUUCAUUGUCCCACUGUACCAUAGAUUCCAUGAUAAACAUGCAGGUGGUGAUUUCACUAAACACACGGAGAAAUACAUCAAGUAUACUAACGCUGAGUUUGAUAGAAUAAUUGACUCGUUAGGAAAAUAA